GCCAGCGGAGAACCGUCGGCGGAAUGCGACCGCGCAGGCACCUCCGCUCCCGGGUCCCGCAGGCCGCGGGGGGAGCGCACAGUUCUGCAGCAUGGAAGAUCAUCCACAGUCCGUGCCCACGGAUUAUCCAAAGGAACCUGAAGAUCCUACUCACACAGUUAAAGUCAAAAAUCAAGAAAAAACGUAAGUUUGGUGGCUGCGAGCGGCCCGAGCCGACGACGUGAGGCGCGGGGCGGCGGUCAAUGUUAUUUGAGCGGGGGCCGCGGGCCUCGGCGAUCGCAGAGCAGAGGAUGCAGAAAGCCGCCUACUACGACAACGCGGGGCUCUUCGGGGGCUACACCUACAGCAAGGCCGACGCCUACCCCUACGGCGCGGCCCACCAGCCCUACGGCCAGGCCGGCUUGGACGGCGAGUACCCCGGCUCCGCCUGCUCCGUGCAGGGCUCGGCGCCCGGCCGCGCUCCGGCCCACAAGAGCAGCGAGCUGAGCGGGAGCUGCAUGCGGCCGGGCGGGGGCGGCCCCGGGGGCAGUCAGCCCCCGGGGAUCGGCGAGCAUCAGCCCCCGGCCCUGCCGCCCUCCUCCCCGCCCAACCCCCCUCCCAGUGUGCCCCCUCCGAAAAAAGCCAAGGGGGGGCCCAACUCGUCCGGCUCGGCCAGCGCCACCCUCAGCAAGCAGAUAUUUCCUUGGAUGAAGGAGUCCCGGCAGAACUCCAAGCAGAAAAGCACCUGCGCCCCCCCAGGAGAGAGCUGCGAGGACAAGAGCCCCCCCGGGCCGGCCUCCAAGAGGGUGCGCACAGCCUACACCAGCGCGCAGCUGGUGGAGCUGGAGAAGGAGUUUCACUUCAAUCGCUACCUGUGCCGGCCGCGCCGCGUGGAGAUGGCCAACCUACUCAACCUGACAGAGCGGCAGAUCAAGAUCUGGUUCCAGAACCGCCGGAUGAAGUACAAAAAGGACCAAAAAGCCAAAGGCAUCAUGCACUCCCCCGUCGGACAGUCCCCGGACCGCAGCCCCCCUCUGAGCGGCCCGAACCACGUCGGCUACUCCAGCCAGCUCCCCGGCGUCAACAGCCUCAGCUACGACGCGCCCUCGCCCACCUCCUUCGCCAAGUCCCAGCAGAGCAUGUACGGGCUGGCCGCCUACACGGCGCCGCUGAGCAGCUGCCUGCCGCAGCAGAAGCGCUACGCGGGCGCGGAGUACGACCCCCACCCCAUGCAGAGCGGCGGAGGCGGCUUCGCCAACCCCAGCCUGCAGGGCAGCCCCGUCUACGUGGGGGGCAACUUCGUGGACUCGAUGCCGGCCUCAGGCCCCAUGUUCAACCUGGGGCACCUGCAGCACCCCUCCUCCGCCAGCGUGGACUACAGCUGCGCCGCCCAGAUCCCCGGCGGCCACCACCACGGACCUUGCGACCCCCACCCUACCUACACGGACCUUUCCUCUCACCACACCUCUCAGGGACGGAUGCAGGAGGCGCCCAAGCUCACGCAUCUGUAGCGGGGCGGCGGCCAGCGGGCCCCGCUCCCCUCUCCAUUACCUCACUUUUCUGACGGGACAGUGUUACUGUGCUCUCUAGUGCCAACAGUAUCAGUGGAUUUGUCUCCCUUAGCAGCUCCCUUCUUUCUUCCGCAGCCCCGAGUAGGUCCGUGAGCAGGAGCCUUUCUCUUAGAGCUGUUUUAAGCAUGACAGUGCAAUAUACUGCCAACCGAGGGACUGAUAAGCUGGUAAUGAUGUACUUGAAGGUAAGUCUUAGAGAUGCUGUAGUGUUAGCAGCGCGUCAUGCUGAGGUGUUUUAGACCAGUCGUGAGCCGUCGGAACUCGCCCGCGCGUAAGCUUAUUUCAGAGAAGUUAAUUUAUGAGUUCUUCCGUAACGUAAGGAUCGCAUUGGACUAAAUGAUAUGUAUUUAUUAUUUUAAGCGAGACAUUUUUUGUAUCACUGAUUAUUUAUCCUCGUCUUAAUGUAUUUAUGUGGGUAUUUGUAGAGUUUCUUCGCCAAUACUUCGGGAGAGGGAUUCAGGUCCGUGGUGACUUACAUUUCACCUAUUUAGUAUAAUCGGUCUGAGCUAGUUGAGAGAGUAGUCUUGAACAGUUGUAACAGUGGCUGGUGUUUGUAGUUUAUGUAAGGAUUAAUUAAGACAGCAAGUCGUAAAUCAUUAAUAGAGUAAAACAAACUGUGGCAUCACACAAAGAGCCGUUACACUUAAAAAAAUAUUGAAAGUAUUUUUAAAGUAUUUAUUUCUAAUCGGCUGGCCCCACUCGAGCGCCUCGGUGGCUUGGCUGGCAGCUGGCUCGGCCGGGUGAAGCCACCUUUAGUUGGUAGCGCAGCCGCUUUGAGGAGGCGAUCUACAAAGAGGGGCUCUUGGCCAUCUUGUUUCAGAUCAAAUCCUACAUAUAAAAACCUCGGUGAGGUUAAUUUAUUUAUUGGCUGGGUAUCUAUCGCGCAUAUUAUUUC